CACAAGGUUGCUUGCCAACCACCAUUAAACAAAAGAAGAAGAAGGGUCUUUUCAUUCUGUCUGACUGGCCUAACAGCUUCGUCAUAACACCUUUACGUUACGUUGGAUUUAAACUUUAUAUUCGGUUAUGUUUUCCGGUUCCUGGUCUUUCAUUAGAUUUAUUUGACACACACGAGCAUGUACCGUCCCGGUCAGCCAGCUGGCGUCCCGCGGCCUUUCGGGGUACCUCAACAUCACAACAGCCUGUACAAUGCCGGGGCUCCUUGUCUGCCUCCGGGACAUUUUCCUCCUGCACCGUGUGGAACAUUUUCGUCCUCGCCUAUGCCGGGGAAUCCAUUUCUACUCAACAGCCCUCCAGGACCUCAUCCAGUCAAUCCCCACUGUAGCAGCUUCCCCAUGGACCCUAAUACAGCGAUUUCUGCAGGAGGCAGCCAGCCGCUUGCCUCUCCAACGCCAUGGAAUCCCCCUCUUGCCGAACAUCGACCAGACAACAGUGCUCGUGCUGGUGAAGAGUUCUUGAGAUGUAUUGCCCAAAAUAAACCUCUUCCCGACUACCUUAAAGGAAACAUGGCCUGCAACCUGGCAGAUGCGUUAAAGUCGGCAAAUAUCCUAAAAGAGGCUGUCAAAUCAGAUCGUGUUUAUCAGAAGCAUUUGACCAGAAGCAAAAGCCGGAGCAGAAGUCGAAGCCGUGGCCGUAGCCGUGGAAAAUCUCGAUGCAAGAGUCGUGGACGAAGCCGAAGCAAAGGAAGGAGUAAAAGUUGUGUUCGUGGUAAAAGUCGUGCAAGAAGCAGAAGUCGAAGCCGAAGCAAGAAAAAUCGGGCAAGGAGCAAAAGCAGACAUAGGCGGUCAACGUCACAAAGUAGCAGUAGCAGCAAGAAACAGCAUGACAAAGACAACAAACAGGAAAGGAGUUCCAAGCACAGCAAUGGUGGUGCUAGUUGUAGUAAUAGUCUCCAAAGCAAUAGUUUGUUGGAGGGACUAAAACUGGUCAUGAACAACAAAGACCUGGAAGAGCGGCUGCCCACUCUCAAAGAUGCAGUCCUCACAAUUCAGGCCUCUGAUAAACGCCAAGAAAUGCAACAUCACAAAAUGGAGACUUCAACGUCGUCAGAAAAUGAGAGCAUGGUCCUGCCUCAUGACAGAGUAGGCAGUGACUUCUCCUGGCUUCAGCCCCAAAGUCAGAUGUCGACAAGAGCUGAUGAAUAUGAAGACGAGGAGUCUUUCUUGUAUGGGAAUGAAGACGCAACAGACAAAAUUUCUGCCACUCUCCCAACUGGAGACUUGGUCAAACCAGACGGUGACAAAAUGAAGAGCUGCAAUCUGGGUAGCGAAUGGCAUUUUGGGAAUAAAUCAAAUUUCAGUAUUUCGGGUGGUCAGCUAUACCCGAGCCAAGCCUUUCCUUCUCUGGACAACAAAGAAUGUGAAAAGCUAAAAAAUAUAUUAAAAGGUUUGCACAAAACAGAAAGUAAUAAUUCAACGGAAAAAACUGCCUGCCACACUGAAGGAAAACCGUUGAUUUCUGCGCAAACUCUCAGUUCAGUCCCAUUGGUCGCUCUCUCUGGAUUACCACCUCAGCACAAACACAAUCUGCGCCAAGCUUUCAAGUCUUUACAGUCACUCAUUAAAGUAACCAGAGAGAAACGGGAAAAGAGCGAAGAGGUUGGAACAUCUCAGUCAUCCUGUACUCAACACAAGUCUGAUGAGGAAACCGAAAGGAACAAAGUGAAACAAAGCAAAAUACAUCAAGUUGAAGUGUUGAUGAGAGAAGUCGGGACAUUCUUCAAAGAGGACGGAUUUGGUUUCCUUUCACCAGUGAUUGGUUUUUACUGCCAGAUGUGUGAGGAGUUCAUCGGCGAUUUGAAUGAUGCUGAAAGUCACGCAGCCGCCCACUGCCAACGAAACAUCGGCCGUAUGAAAGACAGAUGUCCUGGCUCAACAAGUCGUCCAGCGUGUGACAGCACAACAGUAGACCACAUGGACUUGGACAUAAACAGCAUAACACCUGAUGUCACUGUAACAGAGGAACCCUGCUCAAGUCUGGAAACAAUUGACACCGUAGUUGUUUGUGCUCCCCUCAAAAAACAUGGAAAAAGAGUUUACAACAAAAGACAUUAUUGCUUGUAUUGCAGUAAACCUUAUGCCAAGAUGGCAAGGCAUCUAGAAAGUGCACACAAAAACCGAUUGGAAGUAGCCACAGCUCUUAGCUUUCCAACGAGUUCCAUAGAGAGAAGGAAACAGCUUGAGUAUAUUCGCAAUAAAGGGAACUAUGUUCACAAUGCUGCUAUUAUGGAGUCAGGAAAGGGUGAACUAGUGCCAUUCAAACGACCAUCUAAAGAAGCUAAAGGAAAUGAUUUUAUGCACUGUGCAUAUUGUCAAGGACUGUUUACCAGAAAGGUACUGUGGAGACACAUGCAAAGUUGUUGCCUCAAACGUGCAUCAGUCACCCGAAAACCAGGAAGGAACCGGGUCCAGUCCAUGUGCACAUAUACUGGGCCUGUGCCUUCAAGUAUAUCUAAACAACUGUGGAGACUAACAAAUGCCAUGAUUCCUGAUCCAAUCACAGAAAUAAUAAAAGAUGACCAAGUCAUCACAGAUGUUGGGCAGCACCUGUUGAACAAAAGGGGUAUGUCAGCAAAAAAUCAACAAUGUGUCAGAGAGAAUAUGCGGGAAUUAGGAAGACUGAUUCAUAAUGCCAGAAGAGGAACUACCUUGAAAAAAAUUGAGGAUUUUGUGAAUCCUAAGAACUACUUGGAGAUGGUCAAAACUGUCAAAUGUACUUGUGGCAAUGAUAGUGACGCUAACAAAUUCUGGAUUCCAUCACUCGCAGAUAAUCUUGGGAAUUCCCUGGUUAAAGUCAGCAAACUCUGUAAAGCACACGGUUUGAUAAUGAAUAAUGGAGAGCUGGUAAGGAAUGCCACUCAGUUUCAAGAUGUCCAUCGUGAGAAGUGGAACGAGUUGAUCUCUGCAACAGCCCUGAGGAAUAUAGCCGAAGAAAAGUGGAAUGCACCACAACUUUUGCCCUUAGCUGAGGAUGUUCAAAAAAUGCAUCAAUUUCUCAGUCAAAUGCAUGAUGAGUGCAGCAGUGCGCUAUCUGAAAAUUCUUCAACAAAGGCCUGGUCAGACCUGACAAAAGUAUGUUUGACACAGAUCAUCCUCUUUAACAGACGAAGACAAGGAGAGGUAGCAGCCAUGCCCUUGUUGGCUUUUUUAUCAAGAGACACAACUGAUACUCAUGAAGAUGUUGACUGGGCGCUCUCUGAAGUGGAAAAAAAACUGUACAGACAUUUUUCAAGGAUUGUCAUCAGGGGAAAACAAGGCAGACCUGUUCCUAUUCUCUUGACUCCAAAAAUGGUGUGUGCAUUAGAACUUCUCGUUAAGUACAGGGAAUCUUGUGGGGUUCUCAAAGACAACAGUUACCUUUUUGCAAGACCCAGAGCGAUGACGCAUUUCCGUGGCUCUGACUGCAUACGAGACUAUGCAAAAGCAUGUCAUGCAAAGUGUCCUGUGUCACUUACAUCCACAAAACUACGAAAACAUGCUGCCACCCUUUCAACUGUGCUAAAUAUGACAGACACAGAGAUGGACCAGCUGGCCAACUUUCUUGGCCAUGAUAUUAGAACCCAUCGCAAGUUCUAUAGACUCCCUGAAAAGACACUGCAGCUGGAAAAAAUCAGCAAAGUUUUGAUGGCACUCGAGCAAGGUCGAUUAUCAGAGUUCCAUGGUAAUAACUUAGAUGAAAUCACAAUUGGUGGAAAUGAAAGUGGUGUGGAAACUGAAGAAGAUCUAACCAUAGAGGACAAAAACUGUUCAUUUCCUGAUAGUGAAGAUGGGGCCUUUCCAACCACUGAGGAGGAAGCAAUCCCACCCUCCACGAGACUGACACAACUUUCAAAAGAAGGGGAGGUAUCAUCAGGAGAUCGUGCAGUGAGACAUUCUUCCAAAGAAGAGAGUGCCUUUCCAACCACUGAGGAGGAAGAAAUCCUUCCCCCCAAUAGACUGACACAACUUUCAAAAGAAUGGGAGGUAUCAUCAGGAGAUCGUGCAGUGAGACAUUCUUCCAAAGCUGCCCAGAAAAGGCGACCCUGGACACAGAAAGAGGUGAAGGCUGUCGAGAAGCACAUGAAGCGAUUCAUCCCUUCUGGUAUUGUACCAGGAAAGAGUGACUGUUUAAAAUGUUUGAGGGCGGAACCGGAAGCUCUCCAAAACCGUGAAUGGCAAGCAUUGAAGUUCUAUGUGUACAACCGCAUUACGGCCUACAAAAGGAGAUUGCAGGUAAAAGAGUAGAUUAAGAGAGUAGUAGAACAUUUUUUUAUGUUCUUUAUGUUCAAUAUUGUUAAAAAAAAAAAGUAAAAAUAAAAGUUUAAA